AUGUUGUCUGGGACCGCCGAGGCGCAAUUGGUCCUUGAUAAAGGUCUCCGAGGUACUCCCACAGAGCAACUAGCAACGAUCUCACAGCUCAGUCGGUUAAUUGAAGAUCAUCCAGUGCCAACAUUUGUCAAUGCAAUGCUUCUUCGAGUUGCCGAUGCAUUCAAGGAUGGAAGUCUACCUUUGCGUGUUGCCAUUGCCCGUGCUCUCAGCCAAUGUGGAUCACAUUUAACACUUGCAUUUUCUGUUCCCGAAAUAUUCCGAAGAUUUCUCACAGUCAGUCAUUCGAAUGAUCCGAACGCUCGCGAGACAGUUCUAGAUGUUCUCGCUGAACUAUCACCACUUCUUCCGGAAUCCAAUCAAUGCCAUCAUUUGAUUCGGGAAUCACUUUCAACCGACAAUGAAGGUGAAUAUCGAGCGACGUGCCGUGCACUCAAAGCAUUCGCAUCAUUAUCACAUUCAUUUGCCGAAUCGAUUGUACUACAAAUUGGAAAGAUUCUCGAAGAAGAUGAAGUUUCAGAAUCAAGAAAAGUUAUGUUGUGCUCCUCGUUUUCCACAAUGAGCGCAACGGCUCAAGUAGUUGAACAAGUGUUUGAAAUCGCAAAUAUUAUUCUUCGUAGAACGAUAAGUGAUGAAUAUUUCAAUGCAUUCUUGAGCUCCACAACAAGUUUGUGCAUCGAAAUUAGAUACGCUAUUUCUAAGCAGAUAGCACUGUUGUUAGACCUUCUGAAUCCAUCAGAACGAGACGGCCCUCUUCCGUCAAAAGCUCGGCGUUCGAUUAUUUUGAAGGAACUGAGGCGAUUAGCCAAUUUUUCAAAUAUUUGGACAGAAGAACAAGUUAAUAUAUUUGUUGGAUCAUUGCAACCUGGAAUGAAUGAUCGCUCUCUUAUGGAUUUCUUCGAAGCAACCACAUCGCUUUCCAAGAAUUGUCCACAAUCAAAUCUGUCUUCAUUAAAAGGUCUCGUAAUGUCAAAUACUGGAUACGGAUCACAUGUUAAUCCAGAAGUCAGCAUACGAUUUGUGUAUUUCGCAUCUCAAGUUUUCUGUUCCCCACGAGCGUUUGAAAAUGAGACUCCUGAGUUCAUCGAAUCAACGAUGACUGCAUUCACAGUUGUUGUGGUGAGCACGUGCACUUGUGGUAAACUAAAAAGACGAUUAGCUUCAAAGUUGUACCGUGCAGUUGGUGACCUUUUGCUCACGUACCCUCAUACACAGUACCCCUUUGCAUUGAUGAUAAUUUCUGCCGUCUUCUCUGCUUUUGAUUCUCCAAUUACCAACGAUAACAAUCAAAAAGAACGUCUGGAGUUGAUGUGUCGACUGGUUGAUUCUGAGAAGUUAUAUAUCCUAGAGAUUCAAAAAUGGGCGUGUUCAGUGAGAAACGAGAAGAAAAGACUAUUUGAUGCAUAUCCUAGUGAAUUCUCAUAUCUAUGCGUCGCUGUUGGUACUUCAAUUCCUCCAGAUUUUCCAUCUGUUUUCUACAAUGAUUGCUCAGUGUUAAAGUACGACACAGCACGGAGUGCGUUCAGAAAUGGACACUGGAAGAAGGUGGCAGCUCCGAACUUGGAAAGUAUUGAUCUGACGAUAAUGCCACAAUUCGAGAGGAACUGGAUCACUGCUCUCCGAAACAUAGCCGAAUCACAGCUGACUGAAUUAGGACUUGAUGAACUAGAAAAGCAACAAAGUCAUUUAAUAAGUGCCCUUGCUGCAUUGAAAUCAGAAAAAACCCACCUUCGAUUCGGAGGAGAUCUUCGUUUCCCAAUUGGAAUGGUAUCAGCAAUGCUAUCGAGUUCUUACGCGUAUUUUCACAUGGCCUCAGUGAUGCAACCAUUUUUAACGUGCUUAUCGGGAGCUCUAAAACCUGAUGCCUUCUUCAAUCCAGUCAUGUCAAAACGAUUCUUAGUCGCUCUUACAUCAUGUGAAUCUUCUCUCAAUGAUGCUCUUGCGGAAUGGUCAUCUUUGUGCCGAGCUAGUUUUUGUGCUGAUCCAACAUCAUUCGAUCUCAUAACUCUUUUCUAUCUGCGCAUCUCAAUUCUUCUGGUGGCUGUCAAAGUUCUCCUGAAGAAGCAAUCUCCAGAUACAAUCAUCCAAAUACCGGCAUUAAGGAAUGCGCGGACAUGCUCACUACUUCAAAGAGAAAGACUUGAGUGGGCUAUCAAUAAAAUUCGGACCCUUCAAUCUAUCAGCACACCGAAUAUCAAUAUCAUCAAAACUCUCUACACAAUCACGGAACAACUCGCCACAACUCCAUACAUGCUUCCCAGAUUUUUCUUCCAACAAUUCUACUUCGUGGAUUUCAAGUUAUCAACAACUCCACAAGCUGAAAGAAACGAAACAGUGACUGUUAUGAGUGGGGAUACAGUUCCUGUUCGCGUUGAUGGUGCAAUUACUUCAACUCAUCCAUCACCAAUUCGUUCGAUUAUUGUCUUUGCGGAAGUCGUGUGUCCGACCAGUCAUACUAAAAGCCAAAUUUUGAAAGAAGUAGUUGAUCCGACUGAUAACAAGUACUUCACUGCUCAAUUUCUUCUCACAUUCAAAACGACAUGCGAAGUGAAAUUCCGAAUAGAGUUUAUUGAUCAAAUUUCUCGGAAGCAGUGGAAUGCCGAUGGAGGAUUGACACUUCCGAUCAUGGUUCGGGAAAAACCACAACCAACUGUACCCGAGAUGAGACGAGGGCCAGUGUCCAUUCCAACUGAUCCCAGACAAAUGGUUCGAAACUCAAUGUUCCCUCUUCCAGACCACAUCUAA